AUGCUUAACAAUAAUUUUCAAUCUCAAGAGCUCAAUGAUUGCGCAUCAUUCUCCGGAGAAAUCGAUGAUCUUCGGUCAUUCUUCUAUGGUCAACUUCCACCGUUUAUUUAUCCCGAAUUAUCGAUGUACCAAACGCAAUUUGUUGUCAACCCACAACUUAUGCAAUUUAAUUCUUUGAACUCGAAUAAUUCUCUGUCUCCGCAGCAAAGUUUUUGCAAUUACACUGCGCAAGAAGAUGUGCGAGUCAUUCACGAAAAUUCCAUUUUGUCCAAUCAUAAUGCACAUAACAUGGGAUGCGCAGACUGUGGAGAAAUGAAUACAUCAACUUGGCGCAAUCGCGAAGAUGGACUUAAAGUUUGUAAUUCGUGUGGCCUCUAUCGAAAGAAAUAUGGAAUGAUGCGUCCAACUGAAAUAAUUGAUGGAAAAAUUCGUCUGAAACGAAAGCCUACCAAUACAUAUAGCAAGGGUCUCGCGAAAACCGAAGGAUGUUCGCCGGACAUGUCCCUAUUAAUAUUUUAA